GUUUCAAGCUCUAGUAUCCCGUCGUUUCGACAUUAGAGAUCGUUAGUUGUCCAAAUGAUUUAGUUUUCGUUGUCGAUUUCGUAAAUCGUUUUUAUCAUAACUUUCCGUGAACAAAUCACGGAAUUCCUUUGCCUCGGGCCAAUAAUUCGACGUCAUCCGUCGUACUAUCGGUCAUUUUGUUCAUACCUCUAUCAGUGUCAGUGACUCGUGUAUCCUCCUCUGGACGUCAUCUUCUGUGGGUGCAAAGAAGAUUAUACAGGCUUGCAUACGAGAUGGACGUCACCAGUGGAAUGAGACCUAUCUUUAGUGGAUAUCCCUUUCAAGGGCAAGGCCGAAUGAAUCAGCUGGGCGGCGUCUUCAUCAACGGCCGUCCCCUUCCAAAUCACAUUCGCUUGAAAAUCGUAGAAAUGGCGGCCGCUGGGAUACGACCCUGCGUGAUAUCGAGACAGCUUCGUGUUUCCCACGGUUGCGUUUCGAAAAUACUCAAUCGUUAUCAAGAGACAGGCUCUAUCAGACCGGGUGUCAUUGGUGGCAGCAAGCCGAGAGUUGCCACGCCGGAAGUCGAGGCUAAGAUCGAGGAAUUGAAGAGGGUCAAUCCUGGUAUCUUCUCUUGGGAAAUCCGUGACACGUUGGUGAAGGAAGGCUUCUCCGAUCCACCUAGCGUCAGCUCCAUCAGCAGGCUACUUCGGGGUGGAAGACCGGGGGACGACGGGAAGAAGGAUUACACGAUAGACGGCAUAUUGGGAGGCGGUCGUUGCGGUGAUGAUUCUGAUACGGAAAGUGAACCAGGUAUACCUCUGAAACGAAAACAACGUAGGAGUAGAACAACGUUCACUGGAGAACAACUCGAACAACUCGAGGCUGCUUUUCAACGUGCUCAGUAUCCAGAUGUUUAUGCUAGAGAAGAAUUGGCUCAGAGAACGGGCUUAACAGAAGCUAGGAUUCAAGUCUGGUUCAGCAAUCGGAGAGCUCGCCUUCGUAAACACGCAGGAAGCAUAACACAUUCUGUACCAAGUUUACCCCUAACGCCCUGUCAAUACGCUGCAGCGAGUCACGAGUUGGCUCAGAUCGCUCAAAUACCUCAAAUGCCAAGCGAAAUACCUCAAGUACCAACGAGUUUACAUCAUAGCCCGACGGCUCUGCACCAAACACCGAAUACCGUUCACCAAGUUGUUGGAAGCGUUUCCCAAAUGACCACGUCGAUGGCUCCAAUCCCUACGACGAUGAGCAACACUUUACAAGGACAUGCUGUUUCCAUUUCGGAACACUUGACUUCCCUCUCUGGACAUAUGAAUAGCAUGCAAAUCAGUCAAGUGCCGUCCAUUCAACCUCCAGUUGCUCAUGGUGCUCCCACAUCUUUGACUCCUAAUACUGGGAAUACAGACUGGUCCAGAACACAGCUCACUUGGGGACAGUUUAAUCAUUUUCAAGGUAGCGAAUAUUCGUCGAGUCACGUGACUAGCCAUCAACAUGCCGCGCACGCAGCUCAUGGUACCCACUCUUCGAAUACCGCGAAUACCGCAAGCACAACGGCCGAAUGGUACGACCAGAGUUACGACUAUGCCCAACACGCCCAACUCAACUAUCAUCGCAGCGUGGGUGGAAUAUACUAGCCGAAGAUGCUUCUCGAUCCGAUGGAUAAUCUAAAAUCAUCGAUCGAAUUUAUUUUUGUACAUAAUACAUUUACGCUUUAUGAUCAAAACCAACUGAUAAUUUGA